AUUGAUUUUCAACAGGGAAAAGCAGCUUCUAAAAAAGUGCUUUUUUUCUUGCCAAUAUUGUUAGUUAUACAAUCUCUUUCUCUCUUAAUCUUGGGAUCUCUCAGUUUCCUUCCUUUAUUCACGCCGCUCUUACUGCCAAUUUCACACAUUCUCUUCACAUUUUUCUUCAACAAAAACAAAACUUUCACCCAUCUUCAUCUUAUUCUAUUCUAUUCUGUUCCAAUUUCUUUCAUUUUCCAAGAGAAGAAAGAAAAUGUCAGAAUUUUCUUUCUCAUCACCAAACACUACCAACUCCAAGAAAAUUCACCACUGCUUGUCUAGUCUUCUUCUCUCUGACUUGUUCCUCCUCUGUUCUUUCAUUAUUUCUCACCCUCUUUACUUCUCUUACAUCGUUUUCUUCUCACCAUACAUUAUCAAGAUCCUUUCUUUCCUUUCUCCUCUCUUCAUCACCACCUCUCUUUUGCUGCUUGCUCUCUUCUCCACUCUUCUUCGCGAUAAUUCUUCACUAGAAUUCUCCUUCCAAAAUGUCUUAGACAGGCUGCACUCUAAUGCAGACGAUGAAAACCAAGAAUUCCGAGGCUUUGAGGAGCUUGAAGCCUAUAAAAUCGUGUUUGAUACGUCUAUUCUUGAGAUCAGAGAAACUUCCGUUCAAGAUUCUGAAGAAAAUUGCUUAUCAGUCUUCGAAGAAGCGCCUGUGGACAAGCAUUCAAUUCAUGAAACUCGUGGAACAAAUGUAUCUCAAGAACUGACAAGUGAAGUUAACGAAAGCUUAGCUGAGAUUAUGCGGGCUGAAAGUACUGAGCUGAUAGCGGAAGGUGAAAGUUUAGGAGGGUUCUUGAAGGAGGACCUCGAGCUUGUCGAUGCAAUGUGCGAAAAGGGAGAAAAAGAAGUCAUAGUCAAGGCACUAAGCGUAGAGUUCAAUAAAGAUGAUCAUCAAGAGCAAAAGGAAGCAGCAGCAAUGAAAGGUGGAUCCAAGGCAGUAGGCAGUAAAAUAAGUGAUGAUAAUGGAGUGUUGGAAUAUUUGUCAAAAGUAAGAGCAAAUUCUCAGAGACUUGGGAGAAAUGAUAGUGAUGGAGGAGAGUACUAUGCUUCAAAAGUUAUGGAUAUUAAUUAUUCUCAGCCAUUAAUGGGUGGGUCAAAUCUUGGAAGUUUUGGGUCGAUGAGAAAAGAAAAAGAAUGGAGAAGGACAUUGGCAUGCAAGCUUUUUGAGGAGAGACACAAUGCAAAUGGAACUGAAGGGAUGGAUUCGCUUUGGGAGACUUACGAGACAGACUCAAAUAAGCUUCAAACUAGAAACAAAUCAAAGAAGGUUAAGAAAGGUAGCAGUAAGUACCAUGGGGAAGAUGAAGACGAAGAAGAAGAAGAAGAGAUUGAUGAUGGGCAAUUGUGCUGCUUACAGGCUCUCAAGUUCUCAGCAGGGAAGAUGAAUUUGGGAAUGGGAAGGCCCAAUCUUGUCAAGUUUUCCAAGGCGCUCAAAGGCAUUGGCUGGUUGCACCAUGUGACAAAGCAUGGCAAGAAGAUCUACCAUUAAUGGUUGCACUUUCACCCACUUGUUUUAUUUUUAAUUAUUGGGCAUAACAUAAAUGUGUACUUCUUUGAGAAUCUGAAGUAAAUAUGGUCUUUUUUUUCUCUUC